AUGGCCACCACCCAAUAUUCUCUCAACAAUACAACUCUUUUGGUUUUAGCUCUAGUGUUUCUGGCUCUGGCUCUGCCAACAUCAAUGGCUCGGGUCAGAAAUGAUCAUGACGAUCAUAACGAGCUCAUAUCUCGGCUGAAACUAGACUCAUCAUCAUCGUCGAAUAAUUGUUGGGACUCGUUGAUCGAGCUGCAAUCGUGUACAACCGAAGUGAUAAUGUUUUUUCUGAAUGGAGAGACUUAUUUGGGUCCAAGUUGUUGCCAAGCCAUAAGGAUCAUUGGGAAGCAAUGUUGGCCAGCCAUGUUUGGAACCAUUGGUUUUACUAAUCAAGAAGUUGAUGUUCUCCAAGAUUAUUGUGAUGAUCAACAAACUACUACUACUAAAACUCUUCAUGGGAAAUUGUUUCCAUGA